CUUGAACAGGCACCGACCCAUCAACCACAAGGCUAAUGUAUCCCCCGUUCCGCCGCCGCGGCUUUUGUGUCCUUUAUCUCCUUGAUCGAUAAUAUCUAGUAUCUAUCAUCCAGCCACGGGAGGUCUGGUUCUCUGAAUGAAGUUUAUUAUGUCUCGCCUGUCUGUGCAGAGGCUGGGAUAUGGAUCUUCUUCCUUUUCAGGAAUAUAAUCUGGCCAACCAUUUCUCCUGGUUUGAGACAAUAUCGACGACACUAAGCACUCACUACUCGGAGUACAGGCAAUUACAGUCACUGCCAUGACAAAGCAACUCACUUUCAUACUUGCAGACGAUGUCGGGCGGACACCGGACACCGACCGUCUCUUGAUCCGGAGCCAUGUGAUGAAAGGGAAGAAUCAAAAGGACACGUCUCGAAGGUCGAUCAGGAAAGCGAAACAGAGGAAACGUACAAGUCUUGAACAGGUCGGCCACACUAGCGCAGUCAACCAGUGCAGCCAUGAUCAUGGAGCAUUACAGCGCAAACAGCUCUACGAUCGCGCAGAGGAACGUUACAACUCGGCUCUAACGAUCCACAGGCCUGUGGCAUCUGAAUUAGGGCUUGCAACCCUUGCGAGCCAUGUCGAUAGAGAGGCCCAGGAGUUGCUAUGGAAAUUCUUCACCUAUGAUUGGAUCGACAAUGACGUCUUUCCCAUGGAUCGAUGCGUCGCAGUCGAGAGACAUAGUUUCGCCGAAAAGUUCGCAUGGCUUUGCACAGAUAACACUUUUCUUCAAUUUAUAAUUCUGGCAAGCUCCUUCUCCCAGGACUUCUUCCAGAGGCAGGUCAUGUCCGAGACAACGUCGUUACAAUUGCAACGCACCCUCAAGCACUUGAACCGACAGUUGUCCUCCAAUAAUACUCGUUUACGAGACUCAACCUUAUAUGUGAUUGUCAAUUUGGCCUGGGUCGCCGAUAUCUCGGGGGACUCUCAGGCUGCUAAGGUCCACAUGGCUGGCUUGGAGCAACUUGUCCAUCUGAGGGGAGGUAUGCAAGUAUUGAAGUCUCAGAAAAAAUUGCGUGUCAAUGUUGAACGCUUUGGAUUCUCCUGGGCGUUGAGCACAGGAGUGGUUCCCACAUUUAUGGAAGCGCCCCUCCAUUGGGACUCUUUUUUCGACCGUUCAUGGACUCUUCCCGAAGACGACCUUCCCAUCCCCUUGAAUGAUGCGGUCUUUGCCACCAUUGUCCGAGACUUCCGGUGUCUGGUUAGAAUCAUCAAUGAGCACGCCAGAGCCAAUCGACGCUUAGCAAAUGAGGUCUUUCUGGAAUCAGUCUCUUCCAUCCAACAUCGAAUUCUGCAUCUUCCGCCCAUGUCACAUGACCGCAUCGCCGACUGUCUUCGUCUGGGCAUGCUUGCGUAUCUGACCACUGCAUUCCGGGUUCUUGGAGGGACGAAACGGCCAUACCGUCAUCUAACGGCCCAAUUUAAAACACAAAUACAGACCCUCGAGCCAAAGACGCCAUUUGAGAUGGACAUUCUCUGCUGGUUGGUAAUGGUCGGGGUGAUAUGCUUGUUCGAUACUAAGCAGCAAUGGCUUAUCCCGACCUGGACGGUGAUCAUCAAAAAAUAUCCUACAUGGACUGAACUGAGGUCCCGUCUCUACAAUAUCACAUGGAUUGGCAUCAUCCAUGAUGAGCUAGGUGAAACAGCAUUCGAUGAACUCACUCGGUGGGUGGUCCGCUGAAGACUGUAUCAAUGCCUCUCUUAUGAUCAGACACUGUAAUGAAGAUUUGGUGAUGGGUCCUGUAGCAUAUCUCAGACAUCCGAGGAGGAUGAUCAUGUCAUAUCACGUGUCAAUGGAGAUACUCGUGUAUUGUAAUUACAUAAAAUACAUUUGCUUUCAGUGAGAAACUCCUCGCGAAUGCGAAAUACCAAUUUACCGC